AUGGCAACAGAAGAUAAAUCGAAACGCAAGGUGUGGAGAGUGGUCGAAACCAAAGGUUUGCUGAAGUGCUACUUGGCCCGGAAGGAGGAGUUUCUUAACACUAGGAAAAAAAGAAAUGCCUAUGCUCAUGUUUUGGAAGACAUGGUAGCACAAGGCUUCACAGACACUUCCACAACCCCGGUUGCAUUAGAAGGCAAAAUGCGGACUUUGUUGUCUGCCUUCAAGUGCGCGAAGGACAACGCUGGAAGGACUGGAGCUACUCCAUGUGUUGCCCCUUAUAUGGAGGAGAUGGAGGAGAUUUUCGGUAAUAGCGCUCUGGUUGCCAAUAAGCACACCCUUAAUGCGGGCACUGUGCAAGCACAAGCGCUGGCAGUGCCAUCUCCUUCGGAACCAGCACCAACUCAACAGCUAGUCUCCUCCCACCAUUCAGCAGCACCAAUAUUUCACACACCAUUCUACAGGCAAGGAGUAUCUCCAACGCCAGCAACAUCACACCGUCCCGCUUCCCCCACUCGGUUACAUUCAUAA